UUAUCUGAAGAACUGAGUGCAUGAAUAAUUGCAUGUCUACGUAUGCAAUAAUUCAGUGCACUUUAGGAAAAAAUUUAAUAAAUCUGUGGUAAAUGCAGAAAUCCCAGUUUGGUUGACUUUCAUCAGCUGCAGAGAUGGAGAUUGAGUCGAUGGUGGCAAACUGUGCACUUAUAAAAGCACGAGAAGAAGGCAAUGGUGGGAACCGUAAAGGAAGGAGUCGAAAAUGGAAGGAAUUUCUGCGUUUCCCGCACAUAAACGAAUGCACAGAGCUGGAGAUGAGUAUCGAGCGAGAUUAUUACAGUCUGUGUGUCAACCAGCCCAUCGGAAAUCAACUCUUCCGUCUUUUCUGUGCAACUAAAUCUGAUCUGCAGCAUUGCAUCGACCUGUUGGAUCAAACCGCCGAAUAUGAGGUGACACCGGAUGACAAGAGAAAAAACUUUGGAAAAGAACUCAUCAACAAAUAUCUGACCUCACAGUCCUCUAGGGUGCGUGCCAUUGUAGACUGGGAACUUGAGAAGUGCAGUGAAAAUAUAUUCAGCAGCUGCCAAAAGGCACUUCAUGAGUAUCUGAGUGGAGCUCCAUUUGCGGAGUACCUCAAAAGCAUGUAUUUUGACCGAUUCCUGCAGUGGAAGAUGGUUGAGAGACGUCCGAUCACCCGAGAUUUAUUUCGAGAGUACCGUGUUUUGGGAAAGGGUGGGUUUGGAGAGGUGUGUGCGUAUCAGUCCCGAGCAUCAGGGAAAAUGUACGCCUGUAAGAAACUGGAGAAGAAGCGUAUUAAGAAGCAGAGAGGAGAAGCCAUGGCCCUCAACGAGAAACAGAUUCUAGAACGAGUCAACAGCAGAUUUGUGGUCAGUUUAGCAUACGCUUACGAGACGAAACAGGCUCUUUGUCUGGUGCUGACGCUGAUGAACGGAGGAGACCUGAGGUAUCACAUCUAUAACAUGGGCACCGCGGGACUCAAAAAAGAAAGUGUACAGUUUUACGCUGCUGAGAUCCUGUGCGGCUUGAGCCAUCUUCAUAAAGAGUCCAUUGUUUAUAGAGAUUUAAAGCCAGAAAACAUUCUGCUGGAUGAUAAUGGUCAUAUUCGGAUCUCUGAUUUAGGACUAGCUGUAAUCUUGCCAGAAGAAAAACUUGUGAAGGGCAGAGUGGGAACAGCCGGAUAUAUGGCACCAGAAGUCAUUAUAAACACACCAUAUGGAGUAAGUGUGGACUGGUGGGGACUCGGGUGUCUAAUUUACGAAAUGACGGAUGGAAAUCCUCCGUUCCGCAAAUAUAAGGAACGACAGCCGAGAAAGGAGAUGGAAAGGCGAGUUCUGGAGAUGAUCGAAAAUUACGGGAAGAAGUUUGACGAGGACACCACAAGCAUCUGUAAAAGCCUCCUGGCUAAAAACACAAAGGAGCGAUUGGGCUGCAAAUCCGAACGAGGAUCAGAGGUCAUCAAAGGUCACGCGUUCUUUAAGGACAUCAAUUUUACGAGACUUGAGGCAGGAAUGAUGACGCCACCCUUUGUUCCCGACCCGAGAGCCGUUUACUGCGCAGACGUCCUGGACAUCGAUCAGUUCUCCACCGUUAAAGGAGUGAGCCUCGAUGAGGUCGAUCAGCAUUUCUAUAGCAAGUUUAACACGGGAAGCGUGACAGUGCCCUGGCAGAAUGAGAUGAUAGAGACCGAGUGCUUCAAAGACCUGAAUGUGUUCGGGCCACGAGGAACAAGAACACCAGAUCUGGACCGCAGCGUUUUGAUCCGAAAGACCAGCUCAGAGACUCAACUCAUCAAUCGGAGUCCUAAUGAAUGCGGCGGACACCGACACCGGCUGCUGAACCGAAUCUUCAAGAGACGUCACAGGGGGCAGUCAGCUGAUCCCAUAUAUCGCUCCUUAUCCAGCCAGGAUUCUGAAUGACUUCUGCAGAAGAGGACAAAACAAAACACCGUCCUUUCAUCUUCAUAAUUCCUGAUUCAUGUAAAAGACAGAUGGCUUCCUCACUGUAGAGGUUGUUUAAAGUGGCAGUGCUUAUUGAAAAGACUUGUAUUUACUGUAUUACAAACCCUACAGUCUACAGGGUUUGAGUACUUUUCUCAAGUUUUCAUAAGACCAAAAAAACCCCGCUACUCAAUGUUUUAUACUCGCAGUUUGUAAAUAAAAGACAAAAUCAGUUUGCAAAUGUCUUUUUUUCAUGCUUUUAUACUACAAAAAAAACUGAUUUAUGUUUUAUAAGCUCAAUUUUUAAAUAAAAUUUUAAAUCAGUGUGCAAAUGUAUGUUUUCAUGCUUUUAUAUUACAAAAAAAUCAGAUUUAUAUUUGACAUGCUCAAUUUUUAGAUAGACAAAAUCAGUUUGCAAAUGUCUUUUUUCUGCUUUUAUAUGAAAAACAAAAAAACGAUUUAUUGUUUUAUAUGCUCAGUUUAUAAAUAAAAGACUAAAUCAGUCUGCAAAUGUCUUUUUUCAUGCUUUUAUAUAACAAACAAAAAACUGAUUUGUUUUAUAUGCUCAAUUUAUAAAUAAAAUUCUAAAUCAGUGUGCAAAUGUAUUUUUUAAUGCUUUCAUAUUCCAUAAAAAUCUGAUUUAUAUUUGACAUGCUCAAUUUUUAAAUAAAAG